AUUUCCUGAAAGGACUGCAUUAUUUUUUUUUUAAUAUUUUCAUUCUAUGUUUUUGGUCGGAUACCUUCUCUCUUUUCCUGCCUCUGAGACUCUCUCCUAUACAUAGCCGGCCUUCGGUCUCUUCCCCUGUUCUUUCAUUUCCCUUCUUCCGUGCCUACAGAACCAGGAGGAGGAGGAGGGAGAGAGAGGGGAGGAGAGAAUCCAAUAACCCAUGAAGGCUCUCUGGGUUGUUGGGCUACUUGUGCUGGUUGUGGUGAGGCGCGUUCAGGGCUAUGACUACUUGGAUGGAGUUAAUGGGAGUGCCCCUCAGCCUCUCCUUGUAGAUCUGACCCUCAUUCGAUCUGCUACCGAAAAUGGGGCUGUCUGUUUGGAUGGAACACCAAGUGCUUACCACCUGCAUCCAGGGUCUGGUUCAGGAGCAAACAAUUGGCUUGUUGAACUAGAGGGGGGAGGCUGGUGCAAUGAUAUCAGCACAUGUGUAUACCGCAAAACAACUCGUCGUGGUUCAUCAAACUACAUGGAGAAACAGAUACCAUUUACUGGAAUAUUGAGCAACAAACCCGAAGAAAAUCCAGACUUCUACAACUGGAACAGAGUUAGAAUUCGCUAUUGUGAUGGUGCAUCAUUUGCAGGUGAAGGCUAUAAUGAGGCUGCUGGCCUUUAUUUUCGAGGACAACGUAUCUUUUCAGCUGCAAUGGAAGACCUGAUGUCAAAAGGAAUGCAUUCAGCAGAGCAGGCCUUUCUUACUGGAUGCUCUGCUGGGGGUCUGGCUUCCAUACUACACUGUGAUGAGUUUUGGGCACUACUUCCAGCAAACACUAAAGUCAAGUGCCUAGCUGAUGCUGGAUUGUUCCUUGAUGUUACUGAUGUAGCUGGUGGGCGCACUCUAAGAUCCUUCUAUGAAGGUGUAGUAACUAUGCAGGGAGUGGCCAAGAACUUGCCAGGAACUUGUACUGCCAAGAUGGACGCAACUUCGUGCUUCUUUCCACAGAAUUUAUUGAGCAUUAUUCAGACCCCAACUUUUCUUCUGAAUGCAGCAUAUGAUGUAUGGCAGGUUCGACAAAGUUUAGCCACCAAGAAUGCUGAUCCUAAAGGUCAUUGGCAAGCAUGCAAAUAUAAUUAUUUGAAGUGCAAUGAUGAUCAAAUAAAGUUUCUGCAAGGAUUCAGGAACCAAAUGCUUGACGCCACAAAAGGGUUCUCAAAUUCCAAGCAAAAUGGACUAUUUAUUAAUUCAUGUUUUGCUCAUUGCCAAUCAGAGAAACAGGAUACAUGGUAUGGAGAUAACUCUCCAACUAUCCAAGACAAGGGGAUUGCAAAGUCUGUUGGUGACUGGUACUUUGAUCGAGCUCAAGUCAGGGAAAUAGACUGCCCAUAUCCUUGCGACAAGACAUGCCAUAAUCUUGUAUCUCGUUAAGAUUUAUUCAAUUAUUAUCAAAAUAUUUUUCCGAUUGUAAUUUGUUGUAGCUGCAUAUUCAUAAUAAGGUCAAAGAAUAACAAAGCAGAAGCAAAAACAGAAUUCUGCUUGUGCAAGUGACAUGCUGGCUCUUCCACUGUCCAACAUAUAUUCUUUCCUGAUUAUAUUCAAAGAGGAAAGGUUAUAGAAUUCUGGUAGUUGUAAGAAAGAUUUUGUUGUUUUCCUUCUUGAUAACCAUUUAAGUUUGAUCAA